AUGAGUGGUGAGGAGAGCUCCGUGGAUGCAGUAAAAUGUGGCGACUGUUGUCACCCAGAGGACGACGUGGCCAAUACACUGCUGUCUGCUGUGCGGAUCAACGGGGAUGGCCAGGAGGUCCUGUACCUGGCGGAGGGUGAUAAUGUGAGGCUGGGCUGCCCCUACAUACUGGACCCUGAAGACUAUGGUCCCAGUGGGCUGGACAUCGAGUGGAUGCAGGUCAACUCAGACCCCUCACGUCGGGAAAACGUGUUCCUUAGUUACCAGGACAAGAGAAUCAACCAUGGCAACCUCCCCCAUCUGCAGCAGAGGGUCCGCUUUGCAGCCUCGGACCCCAGCCAGUAUGAUGCUUCCAUCAACCUCAUGAACCUGCAGGUAUCUGACACAGCCACCUAUGAGUGUCGGGUGAAGAAGACUACCACGGCCACCCGGAAGGUCGUUGUCACUGUCCAAGCACGUCCUGCGGUUCCCAUGUGCUGGGCUGAGGGCCACAUGGCAUAUGGCAACGAUGUGAUGCUGAAAUGCUUUGCCAAUGGGGGUUCCCAGCCCCUCUCCUACAAGUGGGCCAAGAUCAGUGGGCACGCUCACCCCUACCGAGCUGGGUCCUACCACUCCCAGAACAGCUUCCACUCUGAGAUUGCCUACCAGGAGUCCUUCCAUAGCUCCAUGAAUCAAGGUAUAAUCAAUGGGGACCUGUGGUUGAAAGACAUCUCCCGGGACGAUGAUGGGCUGUAUCAGUGCACAGUGGCCAACAACGUAGGUUACAGCGUCUGCGUGGUGGAGGUGAAGGUCUCAGACACCCGGCGUGUGGGCGUGAUCAUCGGCGCCGUCUUGGGCUCUCUGCUGGCGCUGGCCUGCCUGGCGGUGGGCAUCUGGGGGCUCGUCUGCUGCUGCUGCGGAAGCUCUGGGGCUGGCGGCGCCCGCGGUGCCUUCGGCUACGGCAACGCCGGCGGCGGGGUCGGCGGAGGGGCCUGCGACUUGGCUAGUGAGAUCAGAGAGGACGCCGAGGCGCCCGGGUGCAAGGCCAGCGGGCGCGGCAGCCGCGUCACCCAGCUCCUGGGGUACCCGACGCAGAACGUCAGCCGCUCCCUGCGCCGCAAGUACGCGCCUCCGCCCUGCGGCGUCAAAGUCAAGAGCACCGAGGCGGCCGGCUGCGCCGAGGGGCCGCUGCCCUGCAAGGACGGCCUCUUGGUGUGAGCGCGCGCGCCGCGCCGGGCCGCGCCCUGGCCGGGCGGAGGGUGAGGGGCUCUCUGCCCGCAGCUGGGGGCACAUUCGGGCCGGUGUCGAGCUCGCUCGUCCCUGGCCUCCCGGCAGCUGGCUGGGGUUGAAGGCAUUUCCCUCGGGAAAGGCACAGAGAGGCAGAACCUCUUCCCCAACAGGGGGAGGGGCGAGGGAGAGCAGAGGAAGGCCUUCCCAAGCCCUCUCUGCACCCCCAGGGACCCCAAGGCUCCGGGGACAGGGAGGGAGAAGGAAGCAGAGUCAGUGACCAAGAGCAGUUGAGGCCGGAGGCCAGAGGCCGGUGUCCCUAGCCAAGGCAGAGGGUCCCCGGGGGCCGGGUGGGUGUGGGUCUGGACUGAGUUUUCCUGUGUAUGAGAUCUGAGCUCCGAGGCAGCAGUGUUAGCACAAUAAAGAAACUUUAAGACUUGA